UCUUCACUCACUCACUCACUGACUGACUGACUGACCGAGCAGGAGGGAGGACGCAGCUGGUUACCAGAGGGACUUAUUUCAUUACUUCUACCCCUGUUCCUUUCUGAUAGUCUGCCUGUUUUAUUUGUUCCCGCCAUGAAGGAAAGAAGACUCACUCAGCCUUUUGUAGCGAGGUGUAAACUCGUGCUGGUCGGAGACGUCCAAUGCGGGAAAACAGCGAUGUUACAAGUGUUGGCAAAGGACUGCUAUCCAGAGACUUAUGUCCCUACUGUGUUUGAGAACUACACAGCCUGUCUGGAGCUUGAAGACCAGCGAGUCGAGCUCAGCCUCUGGGACACAUCAGGUUCUCCCUACUACGACAACGUCAGGCCGCUCUGCUACAGCGACUCAGAUGCAGUGCUCUUGUGCUUUGACAUCAGCCGACCAGACACUGUGGACAGUGCACUGAAGAAGUGGAAAGCAGAGAUCCAGGAUUUCUGCCCCAGCACACGGAUCCUGUUAAUAGGCUGUAAGACAGACCUGCGCACGGACGUGUGCACGCGCAUUGAGCUGUCCAAUCAGAAACAAAGUCCCAUCUCCCAUGAGCAGGGUUCGUCCAUGGCCAAGCAGCUUGGAGCAGAGGCUUACUUGGAGUGCUCAGCCUUCACAUCAGAGAAGAGCAUCCACAGUGUUUUCCGUACCGCAGCGCUGGCCUGCAUGAACAAACUCCAGCCUGCCAAUAAACCCAGCCCCGUCCGCCGCCUCUCCAAGAGGCUCCUCAACCUGCCCAGCAAGACAGAACUCCUCUCCUCCACCUUCAGCAAGGACAAGUCCAAGAGCUGCUCCAUCAUGUGAAUACUACUGGGAUCAUGCUGGAAAAAAGAAAGCAAGGACAAGUGAACUAUAUUGUAACCUGUUCAGCAAGGGUGCACGGUGUGCAAGGGAGAGAGAGCAACGAUGUGGAUAUGUAGAAAGCCUAUCUGUCUCUCUCUCUCUCUCCUUUGCAGCCCAAACUCCCUCAGCCACUUCAAAAAGAUCACUACCCUCUCUAUAUUCAACUCUGACACUGAACUUUUGAUCAUGACCUGUCACCAGCACUCAGCACAGAGACAGAGUGAAAAAUGUUUGAUGUUGAAAAUAUUUCAGAUCAAUUAAACUGUCCUGUACAAAGAGAGCAUAACAGCCACUUUAAGGUGCAGACCUGGUUUGCUCUCACAUAAAGGCUGCUGUAAUAGAGUCAGCUUAAAUAAGGUCAGUGCCUCCUCUUUUCUAAGUGGAAAGUGGUUGAAAACACUGCAUAUGACUGCAUUACUCUGAUGAGACCCAUUUGAAAUUCUAUAGCAGUGCCCUUACCCAUCCAUCUCUUGAUUUGAAUGUCCCUUUAAGGUCACGAUAUGGGCUGAGUGACGGGAUGAAAUGUAAAACUUGACAGUGCAGGAGGCGGUGUGUACAGCUUAGGGAAUUUAAAACAGUGGUCCUUGAGGAAAUUACCCACCACCCCCCACCCCCACCCCCAGCCCUCGACCCCUCACAGUAUUUCGUUGGGGAAUUAGAGCUGACAGUGGAGAAAAUGGGGAGAGAAGGGCGGGACUUGGCAAGCAAGCAGAGUAUUAAUUUGUAAAGGCGGUGGGAGGAUGAGCUCAGAGCACAUCUGAUGGAGCGCAAUGUGACUCAGCACUCACAUGAGCCACAGAACAGUUUCGGGUGGACACGCUGUGACAAAAACAAACACAAAAUCUGGGCCAUGUAAAGACUGUCUGAACAUGUUUUUGUCAGAUCCCCUUUCAUUACCCAUCACCACAGCAGUCUUAAUUGUUCAGUGUUAUUAACCAUAAGCCUUGAUUUUUGUGAUGUUACAUGAUGCAUUAUCUCACUGUUCCCUGCUACUUCAGCUGCUUAAUGGUCCACUUUUGAAUACAUCUUCCAGGCAGAAAAACGAAACCAUUCUCUCUUAGAUAAAACUAAGAUUUCUUUUUAUACAAGCCAAAUUAGAUGGAUUCAUUUUAAUAUAUCAAAAAAGUUGUUUUUGAAUCCUCUGCCUCAUGGUUAUUUGAAUAUUCCUCAAUGGCAAUGUCUCACAUGGGCUUGCUCACCAUGCCACAGCCAGCUCCAGGUGCUGGGUUAAAAGAGGACUCCACUGAUUUAGGAUUGCACUCGUUUGAAAUUGUCAGACUCAUGACUCAGACAAUUAAAAUAAAAGGGUAUAAACCAUAUCUGUAAUAUCACUACAUGUCCCUGAGAUGAUGGGGUGGGGUUGAAUCACAGGCUGGUCCUGUCUGGAGAAAUUGUUUUUUCGCUCCACCUUCGAUCCUUUUUUUUUCUUCUUCUUCUUAUGCUUUAAAAAUAUUUUGACUUUAUUUUUUAACUUCCCUGCAAAGUGUUCUUGACAUUUUUCACUUAGCUUUUUCUGGAUGUUUCUUCUGGCUUGUGGCUGUCUGCGGUGUUUUUGUAGCUAUUGAUGUUGUUCUUGUAUUUACUUGAGUCCUCUGGCAUUAGCAGCUGUUGACAGCUCAGCUAAUGGAGGACUUGAUGAUUUGUAGUUCUGCACCGAGAAGCCCGGAUUUCUCUGGAUGUACAGAACACUGGAAUUUAACAUGUUGCCUAGCAACAGUGUGAGCAGAACUCCUGUCUCCCAGAGAGAAGGAGGGAUGGUUCUCCGAGAGGGCGCCUCACCUUUUAUUUGUAGCAUCAGACAGAAGCCACAGCGAUGAUGAUGGCUGGACAUUUCAGGGAGCAGUGACCUGUUAAAGGUCUCUACAUGGUUUUAAAGACCCCGCGCUGGUGGCAACUAGGAGUGGGUUGUUGGAAACAGCAUACCAUCUAAAACGUGUUUCUGCAGCUCUGCCGCAGUCAUUUCACUUGUCCUGUCUAGAGUAUUGUGCUAUCCCAAAUAAGGAUAGCACAACAUGCAUUUUACAUUUAAGGGUUUCUGCAGGGUUUCAGACUUUUUAAUACCAAAUAGAAUUAAAUUUAAUGCCUGUUUCAUACUGUCCAAAGUAUGAAGGUGUGAUGGAAAGCAAAAUGGAAGAUAUGGACUAGAAUUAUUUAUUAUUAUAUCACAUUUUUCAGAACAUCCCAGCAGCAGGUCUAUAUAACAAUAAUUCCUUGUGAUAUAAUUAAUAAAAUCAAUGUGGUCUGUGACCUGGUAUUAACAGAAAAUAAUUUGAUGGAUUUAUUAAUGAAAAUGAUUCAUUUGUGUAAGUUGUUGUUGAAAUCUCUUCUUGUUGUUUGAGCUGAUGAUCUUCCUAGCUACUGUAGCUGUAGCAGAGACAGUGUUUGGUCCAGGUCUGAUGGUGCUGCCUGAAACUCCACAAAAAAAUGAUUUAACAACCUCCCGCAGCCCAAUCCACUGUCAUAACAAUCCCAUUUUUAGUUUCUGGGUGUGUAAUGUCUCUUGAGAAUGCAGUCACAUACAGUAACAUUUUAGAACAAACAUUACUGCCUACAGCAGCCAAGGGACAAGAGUUCAGACUUUUUUUUCAUUAUAUUUAAGGCUUUUAAUACCUUGUAACGACUUUUUUUGGAUAUUAAAGUCAGUGCUUUUUAAGACUUUGCAAGGCCUUCAGAUAAACCUGCAUUUCACAGUUUCUCUCUUGUUCGGUUUUGGCAGACAGACUUGUUUUGUUGUACAUAUCCUUCCUCUUAAAACUGUUUAUAAGAAAUCCCCCAAAGGAAUGUUACUGAGGCAAAACAAAAUGUUUGUGUCAAGUUGCCAAUUAUGGCUUAAAUUAUUGAUUGAAUUCUGUAUUUGUUAUUGUCAUAUGCUAUUUUCAUCUUUGAAUCUUUAUUUAAAUAAAUGUCUGAAGUUUA